GUGGAUCUUGCGUGAACGACGCACUCAUUGACCAUGCACGUUCAUGGAUCUAUGUGGUGGCUGGCAGUUGCGGCAUUGUCGUGGUGUGUCCAGGCGAGUCGUACGUCCAAGGUGUUCCUAUUGCCUGAAGAGGCACGCGACCACUUGGAGCCGCUCCUUACGGCAAUGCACGACCUUGGUGUGACAGAGUUCGACGCGCCGAAUGCAAAUUCAUGGGAUGCCGCAGAGUACACUGGCGAAUUUGACGUGGUUUGGAGCUACGAGUUUCCCGAGCUUGACAAGCUCGGGCCACUCUCCCCCCACAUCAAAGUGAACCACUUGCCGGGAAACUACGCUCUGGUCACAAAAGGUUACGUGUACUCGAACCAAGUUCGCCUGCAGCACUUGCACGGCAACGAACACUUCGACUUCAUCCCACGGCAGUUCCGGCUCCCCGACGAGCGGGAUGACUUCGUGGCAUCCUUCCAAGCUACCCAGCGCGGUGGCAAUGACACGGCAUUUCUCCACGCGGACGACCCGUCGUAUGGCCAACGAUGGCUCAUCAAGAACCAAAACCACCGCGGCGUGCAUUUCUUCAGCGGACUCGAUCACUUGGACAAGUACAUGUCGACCAACGACAUGGUAGCCCAAUGCAUUGAGCCGAUGCUCGUGUCCGGCCACAAAUUUGAUAUUGGUCUGUACGUCGCGGUCUCGUCAAUCGACCCUCUUCGGGUAUACAUCUACCACAAUGCCCUCUUGCGUAUGUGCAAGCUCAAGUACCCCAAGAACCUGGACGAUACAGCGGACCUUGAAUCGUACGUCGUGGACGACUACUUGCCGCCUUGGGAGAUGCCCGACCUCCGCGACUUCUACAAGACGAUGCCAACAGCGGAAAAUGAAGGAACGAGCCAUUUUCAUGUCCUCAAGCAGUACCUUGACUCGAUCGGCAUCGACUCGAGUGAGUUUGAGCACGAAAUCUACGGCGCCGUGGUCAAGCUCAUCGCCGGCAAUCGCGGCCACUUUCAACGGAUGGAAGCGCAAUUUCGCCGCGAACAGGGCCAACACGACGGCCGAGGCAAUUUCUUUGAAAUGUACCGGUUUGACUUUCUCGUGGACGACAAAGGCAAACCGUGGCUCAUGGAGGUGAACCAGUCGCCGAAUUUGGCCCCCAAGUACUUUGAAUCGGGCACUGACGCCAAAAUGAAAGCGACCCUCGUCCACGACCUUCUAGUGCUGGUGGGGGUGCAGUCUCCCCAUGAAGCGUCCCAGCCGAAUACGAUCUUUCAGGUGCACGACAAGUACUGCACCCCCAAAUGCCAAGACACAACGCAUGUCAUCGACAUGUCGUGCUGGCGCUGCCCUGGCUGGUUCACUCCACAGGAAGCGACCAUUCUCCACCAGUCGGCCACGGAAUUUCUCCGGCGUGGGGGCUACCAGCUCGUGUUUCCGUCGGCGGACAAUGAGUACGCUCGUUUUUUGGACGGUGGCCCUACACCACACGAUCACGCAUUUGCAAGAUACGUGCAGUCAUACGCGAAAGAAAAGGCACAUGCUGACGACGAACCGGGUAUCGUGUGCACGGGGCGAAAUCAAUGCAGCAUGCACGGUGACUGUGUGAAUGGGCGUUGCGUGUGCGACGAUGGUUAUGAAGGCUUGGCGUGCACAGAUUUCCAAGAUAUAGACUUAAUGAAGUCACUGGAGCGAGUCAAGUUUGCAAACGAGCUCAAGCAACUGCACUCUAUGAACCUGCGUGUUGUUGGCGCCGCAUCCCGCCCGCAAGCUCAAGAGUCGUCCGAGUCAGCGCUCCUAAUUUUAGUGCUUGGCAAUGCUGUCGGACUGGCCGUCGUCUACUUUUUGGCCAAGUGUGUGUACAAGAAGAAAGCUCUUGCAAAGGAACAUUAACAAUGAAUACACAAGAUGUCCACACACAUGC